UGCAAAAAAAGUGAUCGUCCGCCAGAAACUGACUUCUGCAGGUGAACUACUGCUUUUAACAAGUUGUAUUUGCCCUUCAAAGGUAUCUCAACAGUUAAAGCGGACUGGAUUCGUUAUAAUCUGGGGCACAGAGCAGCAACUUCCCGGCGCUUACGACCCGUUCACGAAGCGUGACACGUUCGGCUAUCUUCGGCUGAAGUCGGGUCCGACGCUCGAGGUCGACGCUGUUUGGCUGGCAGCGCGUCACUCCCACACAGAGAUACAUAAGCAUCUGCUACACGUGAUGUCACCGCAACACCCACAAGGUUACGGCUCCGCAAACGCACGCUGGAUCAAGAAUGGGCUCUCAAUUGACAACCGUGCGCCGGGCGGUCACCAUCUGACAGGAUGCCCAUCGUCGACUUUCUGUCUGGAUCGUUUGCAGGGGCAUGUGGAGUCGUAGUGGGCUACCCUCUGGACACCGUGAAGGUCCGGAUCCAAACCCAGAAACAGUUCAGUGGAAUAUGGCAGUGUGUGGCGACAACGUUUUCCAAAGAAGGGGCGCACGGCUUCUUCAAAGGCAUGUCCUUACCCCUGACCACAGUCACCCUGACGUCCUCGAUGUCGUUCGGCACAUACAGGAACUGCCUGCAGUGUCUGAGCCAGGUGCGAAGAGGUGGUUCCGGUCCAAACACCAAACUAGAAGUCUUCCUGUCCGGUAUGGCCGGGGGUAUAGCUCAGACGUCGGUGAUGUGUCCAGGUGACCUAGUGAAAGUACGCCUGCAGUGUCAGACAGAGUCCAAGCGAAGUGGAGCCAAACCCAAGUACCACGGUCCAGUGCACUGUCUACUGAGCAUCAUCAAAGAGGAGGGGGUCAGGGGGCUCUACAGAGGAGUGCUCCCGCUCAUGCUAAGGGACGGGCCAUCGUUAGCCACGUAUUUCCUGACGUACACGACCGUCUGCGAAAUGCUGACGAGCAGCGGCAAGAAGAAACCAGACUGGGGUGCCGUGAUGCUCGCAGGAGGAAUAGCAGGAAUCGCAGGUUGGACGUUAGGGACCCCCAUGGACGUGAUCAAAGCCCGCCUGCAGAUGGACGGCGUUCGGGAGACGAGGAGAUACAAAGGUUUAUUUCACUGCAUCACGGAAACGGUGAGGGUGGAGGGACUUGGUGUGUUCUUCAGGAGCUUGGGCAUCAAUUACCUGCGCGCGUUCCCCGUCAACAUGGUGGUGUUCACCGCGUACGAGCUAGCCACCGGCGUCCUCCAGGCCGGACCCGACAGCGCUGAGCCGCCCCGUUUAGGGUUUGAAUAGUAUCGACUACCUCGAGACACAAUGACUCGUGUUUUCUUCGGGUCUUUCUGUCCGUGUUUGUUUGUUUUAAAGGUAUUCAGCAGGUACUCAGGUGAGUUGCAAUUAUUUUAAGGAAUGAUUGUUACAAAUGUGCAGUUAGAAGGGCCAUGUAUCGUUACACUCUCAGGAGUAAUUGUCAGUAAUGGCCACAGAUUGUACCAUAGGUUGGACCAGUGGGGCUCUGACCACUAGAUGGCGCCCCUGGCCAGCUUGUUACAUUUUUUUUUUUUUUUUUUUAUUUCUGCUCUCUGUUUUAUGACAGGAAGACUGUUGUACUGGGCUGCUUGAGUUUAGAAUUUAUGAAUGAGCUGCAGCACGCACAAUUUUAAAGCAGCGAGCAUGAGACCCGUCCAUGCCCACGCAAGCACGUCCGCACAUCAGAAGCGCAGCUGCAGUUUAUUUCCGGCUGAGUAGCAAAAUGGCAAAGCCGGAUAAUCUUAAUAGAACACCAUAUGUUGAUAUUUUAACCCCUGAUGAACUGGAUUUUUUUUUUUUGUAAAAAGGGUGUAUAAAUGGUAUUACAGUAGGAAGGGUUGAUUUAUCUGGGUGACUGUUUAUAUUUCAGUGGACAGAUUGAAAAAGGAGCAAACAUUAUCGAUAUUAACUUAUUUAUUUUAUUCCAUCCCUCUCUUGAACACAUUGAGAACUGUACUUUAAAAUACAAAUAUACAUUUGUAGACAUACAUAAGUACAGCUAGUCAUCUGUGUAUGCAUUUUAAGGGCUGAAGAUUGGUUUCAGUCCUCUGAGCAACCAGUGGAAAACAAUUCUCAAUAAUUAUAUAUAUAUUUAUAUAAUUAUGAUGGAUAUGCUUAGUGUGCCUUCCGUAAUAAAGGUAGUUCUUCAAAACGA